UUCUAUCUUUCUCCCUCUCUCUCUCUCACUCGUCUCUCUCUCUCACACACACUCACUCACUCACUCACUUGGGAUUAAGUCGGAUAGACAGGGAUUACUGCCCUCUUUUCCCGAGACACUCUAGAAGGGAAUAUUGCCCGGCUGUUCGCCCUCGUUCGCUCGUCAGCGCCGGAGCCUCGGUAGUCUUCAUGGGGACCAACAUGGAGUCUGAAGCUGCGUUUCUACUUUAACAGGAAAGCCCUUGGAGAUUUGCAAGGGAAGUGAGUUGAAGAGGAGAACACGACAGAGACACAAAGAGAAGAAGAGAGAGAGAGAGAGAGAGGAAGAGAAGAAGAGGGAUCAGAUCCGGACAGGUGCCUUAGUGGGAUCCGGUCUGAGCCUGUUGUUUUACUUCUUCGGAUCCACUCUGAAGAUCAGGCGAAGUCCACUUGACAGCAAGACCUACAAUGAGGCCGGCACUGGAGACGAAUCCUCCCACCUCCCCCGUCCUGGGUGAAAAUGGGUUGACACAGGUCCUGGCUCUUGUUGUUGAGGAGGUGAGGGACUCCAUCAGCAGAGACAUCAAUGGAGCUGACCUCCUCUACAGUCUUCUCGGGGCUCCCUGGCUGCAGUCUCUACUCAAGGCGUAUGAAUGUUUACAGCAGUACCUGCGCUCGUCCCCCAGGCCCUACCUCCCGUUUGCCUCGGGUCUGUCUCGCAAGGUGCUGACUGACGUGACACCUAUGGUGGGCCCGUCCCCCGACGCCAGAGAGCUGUAUGACCUCCUGAGGGGACCUCACUUUCAGGCCUUGCUUCUGGCUCACGACAUGGUGGCCCAGAAGGAGUUUGAACCCGUGCUGCCCCCUCUGCCCGCGGACCUGCCCAUUGACGAGGAGGCCAUGAGGAUCGUCUGUCUGGUCAAAAACAACCAGCCUCUGGGAGCUACAAUACGGCGGGAUGGAGCGUCAGGGGAGAUUUUUGUGGCACGGGUCAUCCAUGGAGGACUGGCUGACCGCAGUGGCCUGUUGCGUGCAGGAGAUCGACUUGUGGAGGUUAAUGGCCAUCCUGUGUUUGGGCUGGAGCCGGAACAGAUAAUAAACAUACUGGCUGGCUCCCAUAGCACCAUCAUGUUCAAAGUGGUCCCCAUUACUGACCGGCCCGUCAACAACCAGACCAUGCUGUACGUGCGCGCCAUGUCAGACUACAGCCCCCAUGAGGACCCUGCCAUCCCCUGCGUAGACGCCGGCAUGGCCUUCCGCAAAGGAGACGUGCUGGAGAUCGUUGACCAGACAGACGCCCUCUGGUGGCAGGCCAAGAAACUGCCCAGCACCUCGCUCUGCGCCGGCCUCAUCCCCUCAACCAGCCUGCUUAAGAGGAAGCAUAAAGAAUUAUGGUGGUCACAGCCUUUCCAAACUCAAGCUGGUCUCCAAACCUUGGCCACAGUGGAUGAAGAGGAUGACCUCAUGGCCAUCGAUGUCAGAUGCGUAGAGACAGAUGAAGAAGCUUUUGAAUCUGAAGAGCUCAAGGAAGAUGAGAGUGAGUGCAGCAGCAAUGUCCAGGGAGUUUACCUUGCGGGUUUCCGGCGGAGCCUGCGUCUGUGUCGGAGACAUAAGACCCAGGCCAGCAGCUACGGCCAGACCUGCACCUCCCGCUGCCCCAGCAGCUGCAUCAACGCCUUGGAGAACCCGUACGAGGAGGUGGUGCGCUACCAGCGCCACCCAGAGGACACCCGCCGCCUCAUCGCCCUCAUAGGUCCCUCUGGCGUAGGUGUGAACGAGCUCCGCAGGAGGCUCAUUGAGGUUGACCCAAAGACCUACCAGGGAGCAGUCCCACACACCACAAGGCCUCCGAAGAGCUAUGAGGAAUCUGGGAGAGAGUAUCACUUCAUCAACAGAGAACAGUUUGACAAUAUGGCUUACAAUAAUAGGUUUGUGGAAUACGGGGAACACAAAGGUUAUCUCUAUGGUACCAGCAUAGAUUCGGUCAAGCAAGUACUGGACAGUGGGAAAGUCUGCGUCAUUGACAUUGAACCCCAAGGCAUUCAGGCAGUGCGGACGCAUGAGCUGAAGGCCUACAUCAUCUACGUCAAGCCACCUCCAGCCGAGAGCAUGAAGCUCACCAGGAAGAACUCCCAGAUCAUCACCAAAUACUACAUCAACCGGCCUUUCAAAGAUGAAGACUUCCAGGAGAUAGAGGAGGCCGGCAGCAAGAUGGAGUCUCACUUCUACCAGUUCUUUGACCAUGUGAUCGUAAACGACAGCCUGCAGGAGUCGUGUGUCCAGCUGCUCACCACUGUCCGGAGGGCACAGGAGGAACCGCAGUGGGUCCCAGCGUUUUGGAUACGACCCACUGACCAGCGUUCUGGAUACGGCCCAUUGACCAGCGUUCUGGAUACGGCCCAUUGACCAGUGUUCUGGAUACAACCCACUGACCAGCGUCCUGGAUACGACCCACUGACCAUUGACCACUGACCAGAAUUCUAGAUACGACCCACUGACCAGUCCUGAGAAGAGGACAAUGUGAGAGGAGGAGGGAGGAGAGGUUUGAAAGAGAAGCGGCGAGGCGAGAGGAAGGAAAGCGAUGAGGGAGAUGAAGAUGAGGAUGAGGAGAGAAGUAUGAAGAGCAGAGAAGUAUGAAGAAGAAGAGGAACUGAGAUGACAUGCAAACAGUUGAGUUGAGGCGAACACAAAAGAUGAACAGUACCAGUAAAAUAAGAGGAGAGAUGAGAUUGUUGACAUGAUGGCAAACAAACAACAUGUGUCUUCAUGGUGCAAUGGAAAGACAACAAAAUGAUGCCUUCUUGGACAUUACCAUCUAAAGUGUCAAUUUGUCUCCAAAGAUGUAUUUAUUCAGUGAUACCAAAAAAUGUAUGAAAGCCAACCAAAUUUAUUCACAAAAUGAUUAAUGUGACAUGGCCUUUUACCAUGUAUUUCUCAAGUAGAGCUCAGUAUUUAAACACGUGAUGCAGACUGCAGUGUUUUGGAUAGAUUUAGACGUGUCCUGUCCUUGGUUGCUUUGAUCACACCACACAACACAACACAUGCUUUCUACAGAGUCGCCAGGUGUUCCAAAGAGAACACCUAAAUCUGACCCUCAUGGGGCCUACCUAUCCAGAGUCCAGGGCUCUGUAGACAAUGUGCACUAAUUGUAAACCCACAAAGGUUUUUUUACAUGUUACUUUUCAAACAAAAUGUGUAUUCAUCUUUAUAGUAAAAGAAAAACUAUUUAUGUUGUGUCCUAUUUUGAGUAAACACAUUUGUAUUUCUUAAAACCCAGGGGGAAAUUGAAAUAUGUUUUUUUUCUAUCUAAUAAAACACAUUUUUUCUAUAGAUCUUCAGUUGUCAUAUCAAUAAAAAUUGAAUGUGGGGAAAUAA